CGAACCCAAAUAACAUUGAGCCCAUACACCACGGGUCGGGGACGUUGCCCCUGAACCCCACUCGUUGAUCAGUCAGCGAGACCCCCACUAUUUUAGUCGUAGCGGCUAAUAGUCCGAUUCAAGUCACAUCAACACCAUGGAUUAUUCUAUUACAAAGAAUGUCAUGAAUGAUAUCGUGGAUUUGGUACAAAUCUCUCACGGGAAACUCUAUCAAAUUUGAUUGUCUUAAUUUUGAUUUCCAAAAUGUGUAAGAACUAAAGCAUGGAAUGAAGAGUAGCUCAUGAAACAUGCUUGGGUAGCUCAUGAAAAAAAAUGGACCAUAUGCGAGAUGAAGUGUAGUAAUGACUGUCGCAAUGAUGAGGUAGUCAAAUCAGUCUGAAAAACCUAAAGUUUGCAACAACAAUCGGAGGCAAAGAACUUCAUUAACUGGGUUUGCCAUAUAUGCAACUUCAACAGAAGACCGAGCAACAACCUCUUACCUAUUAGUACACCACAAAAUUGGUGUGUCGCCCAAAUUGAUGAAGUAACUCACACUAUAACAAAUAAUGACUAUGGUGACAAAAAUCAGCAAACCAUUUAAUGUAACAAACACAAACAUUGUCAUUAUAACCUACUCUAUUUUGUUGUGACAAAUUGUAACUUCGUCAUAAUUAUUUGUCACAACAAAUAUGAGAAGAGAGAGAGAGAGAGAGAGUUAGGGCUGGGUUAUACAUCUUGGCUAUUUUUUAUUUUCUUAGUUUUUUAUUUCACUUUUUAGGUGACAUGGCAAUUUAAUCCACGUCAGACGACACUACAUCGACCAACAUAUUGAUUGUGGAUCAUUAACGGUAAAGUCAAUAAAAACUAAACAUCGGGACACAGUUGACAGGUCGAAAACAUAAGAUAUAAUUGAUACGAACCCUAAACUAUAGGCCAUUUCUUGGUACUAAGCCUUAUUUAUUAUAAUAAGAUUGAGAUUAUUGUGCCAUCUAACGAGUUGUUUAAUAUGUUACCUCUAUAAUUUAUGAUCUUUUCGCUUCAUCGAUAAAACCAAUAUAUGAUUAUAAGCUAAUUAUGAUUUCAAAUAAUUAAUAAUAGUAAAAAUAACUUGGUCAAUGGUAGAGAACAAAGCUAAUCUGGUUGAUAAUGGUAUUUGGUACAAUAAACCAUAGGACAGUGAUGAGAAAAAUCAAUUUCAUAAAUCAAUGUAUAGAAUCUCUACACUCGCUAGAGCUUGUAUAUCUUCGGUUUUAAGAGAUUUUUAAAAUCUUGGAACCUAAAAUUACUAUAUAUAAACCAAACUCAAAGUUACUUUUCGCUAAAUGAGGGUGGGAAUGAUAAUUAGGUGGGCCUGGUGUAUUGGGCUCUAGCACAAGCAACAUUAUAUAGCUUAAUAAUUUUAAUAGAAUUAGAGUAGAAACUAACAACCAUUAUUUACCCGGGCAACUACACAUGAAAGCCAAGAAUUGAAGAAAAUAUUAUUGGAUUAUGAAAAGGAAUCGGGACAGAUGGUUAACUUCUUCAAAUCGACUGUUUCGUUUAGUAAAAAUGUGACCAUGCAUAAUUAGUUAUUGACUAGCGGGAUCCUUGGAAUGAAGAGAGUGGAGAAGCAUGAUAAAUAUCUCGGGCUUGCGACAGUGGCGGGGAGGUCGAAAAAAGAGAUGCUUAUGGAGCUGAAGGAAAGAGUGCGGAAGAAACUUAACGGUUGGAAGGAGAAGACGUUGUCAUCAGCGGCUAGAGAGGUACUUAUUAAGUCUGUCGCACUAGCCCAGCUCUCGUAUGCGAUGAUAGUUUUUCGGAUCCCUGAAGGGGAGUUGGAGGAGAUCCAGAGGCAUAUUUACAAUUUUUGGUGGGGUCAACGCGGCUCGGAAUGUCGUGCUCACUGCGUGAAGCGUGAGGAGAUGGCAUGCCCAAAGGAAGAAGGUGGGAUGGGUUUCCGGGAGCUAAGAGAUUUCAAUACAGCCAUGCUAGCGAAACAGCUGUGGAACCUCUACAAAAAACCGGACUAAUUAGCUGCACGAAUCCUUAAGGCCAAGUACCAUAAGCACUCUAAUGUUCUGGAAGCUCACCUAGGCUACCGACCGAGUUAUAUCUGGCGUAGCAUCAUGUCAGCUCAAGAUUUUCUUGUUAGUGGUCUUCGUUGGAGAAUUGGCAAUGGAUCUAUGGUGCGUAUCUGGGGGAUAGGUGGGUUCCAGGUAUUGAAAAGUACUAUGUACCAUCUGCCCCGGUGGGGCUGCCGGUGGAUGCGGUGGUACGUGAUCUUGUGUAGGAGGAAGAUGAAGUUUGGGAUCAUAACCUACUUGCAGCCUGCUUCCCAACUGACGUAGCCCAAGCUAUUUGCCAAAUACCUUUGCGAGGGGAUGGAGAGAUGGAUGUGCAAGUGUGGAGUAGUUCUAAAGAUGGGGUUUACAUAGUAAAGGACGGUUACAAACAAUGGUUGCUACACUUUAAGGAGGAAGCGGGGGUUACUGUUGUGGGCAGCCCAGAAUUGUGGAAGAAACUAUGGUCUUUACA